AUGGCCUCGGCGGAGGUGAUACGGAUAAGCGAGUGCAAGGCGGCAGUCGUCGCGAGGCUUCGGAAUCUCGACGCAGCGGAAUGGGGAAUGCUGUGGGAGAACGCGGCGGCGGCGGACGAGGAGGAGGAAGAGCCGUUGGAGCGAGUGCCGCACAGCGCGCCGUUUUCUCUGUCAAGCCCCAUGGCAGGCGCUGCGGGGGCGAUCGGCGCGAGGCGUAGGGCGUGGCGCGAGAAGAUGAGGUCGUUCGGCCGGCAAUUAAUGCCGCGGCGCGGGAGCUGCGACGACCUGAACGCGAUUACGGCUGUUACCGUAACCCAGGCAAAGCGAGCGAAAUCGUUCCCAGAGUCGAAGGGGCGCGGCGACGAGAAGGGCGCGAGGGGCGGGCGGUCGCGGUGCGCGGACAGCCGGGGCAUGUGGCGGAGCGUGUACGAGCCGCGGUGGCUGGAGGAGGGGCUGGCGGAAGCCUCUGGGGACGAAGAGCGGCGCCCGCACGUCGCGAUUCGCGACGAGAUGGGAAUGCGCGACGACACGGCGCAGCGCGCGGCAGAUGCAGGGGCUGUCGCGGGCCGGGAGGGCUCGCUCACUUCCCUCACCGCACCCACCACUCAGCAUACCGUUCGAGCCUCGAUUAUGGCGACGCCGCGACUUACGGCGAGGCCGCCGUCUCCGUUCGUCGCGGCGGGGAAGAGCGGAUUGUGCUGCAAGUGCCACGUGGCGCGCGUGUACGCGCUGAUGGUCUUCGUCAGCCUCCUCGCGCUGCUCCUCUUCCUCCUCGUCCCCUGGGCCGCGUCGCACGGUGCCGUCCGUGCGACUGCUGGCGACGCUGUCGCCGUCGCAGAGGCAGGAAGCGGGGGUCGUGUGCGAGGGUGGGGCAGGGAUCCGCAGCUUGAGCGCGCGGAUUCGUUGCAAUUUGGGGACAAUGGGGGGAUUGCGGAGAGCGCAAUGCGCAUGGGCGGAGAGCAAGCGGGCAUGAUUCGGGAGAAGGCAGUGCCCAUGGCGGACGCUGUUACCGCUGUAGCGAGUAGCGAAGCUGCUUUCAAGGGAGAUGAGGCAUCGGGGAUGGGAACAGGGGAGGCGCAAGAGAGGGAACCUUCCGUCUCUCCUCGUCAGCAGCCCCCAUGCGGCCCGUGCCAUGUGCCAUUGUCAGCGCAUGCCGUCCUCACAUCCUCCUCUCCUUCCUCCGCGCCACCCUCCCCCCACCUUUCCCCCUCUGCCUUCCAUCCCCCUCCUCACCGCACGCCCCCCCACCAGUUCCGGUGGCGCUUUGCGAACCGCCUGCAGGUGCAGCUGCGGCACGGCAUGCCGGCGGACUGGCGGUUCAAAGGCAACUCGCUAAGGCCUCGGGUCGAUGGGAACGUGGUGGGGGGAGUGGCGCAGGACGAUGGGUGGGUGGAGGGCGAGGGGGAAGGCGGACGGGGAGGCGGAGGAGGGGGCGGAGGGGAGAGUGUGCAGGUGCCACAGUUUGUGGAGGGGCAUGGCGUGCACAUCGAGCAGUACGCAGCGGAGUACUGGCUCACGCUCUCCCUGCUCUCCGACCAGCUGCCCUCCCUGCAGCGCGUGCGGCGGGCUGAGGACGCCCACAUUGUGUUCGUGCCCGCCUUCUCCUCCGCCUUCUAUGCCACGCAGAUGAAGAUCAAUGAGAAGCGGAGGCGGGCGGGGGACGCGAGGGUACCGGAGGAACGGCACGUGCUGUCAGCGGUCACACAGCACGCCCUGUGGACGGGCACGGGCGAGCAGGGGGGAGCGGCCAGCCACGGGGUUGAGGGGCGGCAGGGGGAGGGCGAGCUGCUGGAGAAGGUGAAGGUGGCGACUGGGGAGGGCUCACCUGGUGGUGGUGGUGGUGGUGCAGGGGAGGCGGGCGGAAGCAGCAGACGACGACUGCUGCGGGUGCUGAAAGGAGGACGGAAGGGGAAAGAAGCGGAGGCGGGCGAGCAGGCGAAGGACGCACAUGUGGAGGGCCAGCAGCGACCCGAUGUUGGGGCUGGAGGGGCAGAGAGGGGCGAUGCAGCAGCGAGUUUGCAGAGCGAGGGAGGCACGGGGUCCCUUGUGUCUCGGCGGCGGGACUUCCUGAUCCCUGCAGUGCACCCCCACGCGCUGUCGACGGUGCGGCACGAGAUGGCAGCAGCGCACAUGCUGAUGGUGGAUUUCAGUCAGCCGGCAGAGCAGGUGGCGCAUUUAGAGAAGGACGUGCUCGUGCCCUACUCCGCGCUCAUCCCGCCCUUCCUCAAUGACUCGCUGCCGGGGGAGGCGCAGGGCGGGCAGGGCAGAGUGGGAGGGGCGGAGGCAGUGGCGGCGUGGGCGGGCGCACGGCCCACUCUGAUCUUCUUCCGAGGCACGCUCAACCGGCAACAGGGAGGGGCCAUGCGGGUGCAGCUGGCGCGGCUGCUGGCGAACGUGAGUGGGGCGGACAUAGCGGAGGGGUCGCCGCUGCAGGGCGGAGUGCAGGCGGCCACAGCAGGCAUGCGCGCCUCCAAGUUCUGCCUCGUGCCUGAAGGCGACACGGCAUCGUCAUGUCGGCUGUUUGACGCCAUUCUAUCGCACUGCAUCCCUGUGGUCGUGUCCGACUCGCUCGACCUGCCAUUCGAGGAGGCCCUCGACUACACCGCCUUCGCCCUCUUCCUCCCACAGGCCCUCGCCCUCCGCCCCGGAUACGUUGAGGCCUUCCUGCGAAACGUGACGCAUGAAUCAGCAUUCGCCAUGUGGCAGCGGCUCAGAGAGGUGGCACACCACUUUGUCUACUCCACGCCACCCAAGCCCGGAGGGGCGGAGGACAUGAUCUGGCAGGCUGUAGCACGGCGGUGGGCAGGGGACCACUAUGGGCGGCGCUACAACCGGGAGAACCAGAGGAGGCGGAGGAGGGUGAUGGAGCAGUUGCUGGAGCGAGAAGGGCUCAGCGCUGCUGACAUUGUGGUCAGACCACGCGCCCUGCCACUCAUGUAG